AGCAGUUCCGUAAGAACAGACGACAGUAUUGAGACAAUAACGGGACAAAAAGGUGAAGAAGGAUCAUUUUCUCUUUGCUUCACGGAAUUAAGACUACAGUUUAUGACGAGACAUAAAACAUUUGGGGAGAGCAGAGCGAAGUCUUUGCAGUGGUGAGGUGGUACAGUUGGAGAGGUCCCGAGGCAAGAUGUCUGUAUCUACUCAGCUAGGCUUGCUUUUGUGGAAGAAUUUCACUUAUCGUCGGAGACAAACGCUCCAGUUGAUUAUUGAGGUCAUAUGGCCCCUGUUCAUCUUUUUCAUUCUGAUAUCAGUUCGGCUGUACUACCCUCCUUAUGAACAACAUGAAUGCCAUUUUCCAAAUAAGGCCAUGCCAUCUGCGGGCACACUGCCCUGGGUGCAGGGCAUUAUCUGCAAUGCCAACAACCCCUGCUUUCGUUACCCCACCCCUGGAGAGACACCUGGAGUUGUGGGCAACUUCAAUGACUCCAUCAUCUCGCGACUGUUUACUGAUGCCAAGAAGAUCCUCCUAUACAGCCAGAAUGAUAAGAGCUUUGAAGGAUUCAAGAGACUAGUUCGGGCCCUAAGAAAAUUGCAACGUAACACUGCAGGUUUCAAGCUGAAAGACUUUCUCCGUGAUGAUGAGACCCUGUCUGAGUUCCUGGAGCACAACGCGACUCUUCCGAAACACGCCGUCCAUCAAAUUGUGGAGGCUGACGUUAACCUGGAGAAGGUCCUCAUCAAAGGUUUUGGUGUGCAUCUGAAAGACCUUUGCAACAACACGUCCUUGGAUGACUUUGUGGCUAUCGCAGACAAGGAUGUUUCAGAACUGACCCAAAAGAUGAUUUGCCAGUCCUCCCCAGAGUGGCUCAAUCAGGCAGAGAGACACUUCCUGUCAAACCUGGACUUUCUCAAACCAAUACGGAAGGAUGUGAAGUCUGACCCCAAGGUUGUUCAGGAUGUGUCCUCGGCAACAGACAACCUACUUGAGAGCCUGGGCUCUUUAGCUGUGGAGCUGGUAAGCAUGAAGAGCUGGCGAGACAUGCGCACAGAGAUCCAGUACCUGACGGCCAACGCCACUCGCUCCCCUAGUCACAUGUACCAGGCUGUGUCCCGCAUCGUGUGCGGCCACCCCGAAAGCGGCGGCCUCAAGAUCAAAUCCCUCAACUGGUACGAAGACAACAACUACAAAGCCCUGUUUGGAAACUAUGGCAACAGCAGCGAAGAUGAACCCGUGUCUGCCUAUGACAACUCCUCCACUCCGUACUGUAACAAUAUGAUGAGGAAUUUGGAGUCCAGUCCUAUCUCUCGUAUGAUCUGGAAGGCCUUGAAGCCACUUCUGAUGGGGAAGAUCCUCUACACACCUGACACCCCGGCAACACAGAGGAUUAUACAGGAGGUGAACAAGACGUUUCAGGAGAUGGGGGUGCUGCGUGAUUUGGGUGGUAUGUGGGAUGAGCUCAGACCAAAGCUAUGGGACUUCAUGGAAAACAGUGAGGAGAUGGACCUGGUCCGGACGCUCCUGCAGAACAACGCCAGCGCCCGGUUCUUUAACGCCAAGCUGAGUGGGACGGAGUACCGGGUGGAGGACAUCGCCCGUUUCCUGUCCAAAGCCACGGAGGCCAAGCGGGCCCCAGGGAGCGCCUUCACGUGGCGAGAGGUCUUUAACGAGACGGACCAGGCUGUACUGACCAUCUCCCGCUUUAUGGAGUGUGUAAACCUAGACAAGCUGGAGCCUGUUGCCAACGAGGAACGUCUGGUGAACAAGUCCAUGCGCCUUUUAGAUGACCGGAAGUUCUGGGCGGGAAUCGUGUUCCCGGACAUGCAGGCCAACACCUCAGACCUCCCACCCAACGUCAACUACAAGAUCCGCAUGGACAUUGAUAACGUCGAGCGCACUAACAAGAUCAAAGACGGGUAUUGGGAUCCUGGUCCCAGGGCGGACCCUUUCGAGGACUUGCGCUACAUCUGGGGUGGCUUCUCCUACCUGCAGGACAUCAUUGAGAACAGCAUCGUCCGAGCCCUGACCGGCAGCAAGGAGAAGACCGGCGUCUACAUUCAGCAGAUGCCCUACCCGUGCUAUGUGGACGACAUCUUUCUGCGGGUGAUGAGUCGCUCCAUGCCCCUGUUCAUGACCCUGGCCUGGAUGUACUCGGUGGCCAUCAUCAUCAAGGGCGUGGUCUACGAGAAGGAGGCGCGGCUGAAGGAGACCAUGAGGAUCAUGGGAUUGAACAACGGCACACUGUGGCUCAGCUGGUUCAUCAGCAGCCUCAUCCCCCUGCUCAUGAGUGCCGGCCUGCUCGUGCUCAUCCUCAAGAUGGGGAACCUCCUGCCGUACAGUGACCCGGGGGUGGUCUUCUUGUUCCUGGGCUCGUUUGCGGUGGUGACCAUCAUGCAGUGCUUCCUCAUCAGCACGCUCUUCUCCCGUGCCAACCUGGCGGCGGCCUGCGGCGGCAUCAUCUACUUCACCCUCUACCUCCCCUACGUGCUCUGUGUGGCCUGGCAGGACUAUGUGGGUUUUGGGGCCAAAGUCUUUGCGAGCCUGCUCUCCCCUGUCGCCUUUGGGUUUGGCUGCGAGUACUUUGCGCUGUUCGAGGAGCAAGGGGUGGGCAUCCAGUGGACCAACCUGCUGGCCAGCCCCAUGGAGGAGGACCACUACAGCCUGACCACCUCCAUCAGCCUCAUGCUGUUCGACGCCUUCCUCUACGCUGUCAUGACCUGGUACAUUGAGGCAGUCUUCCCAGGCCAGUUUGGCAUCCCUAGGCCCUGGUAUUUCCCAUUCACCAAGACUUACUGGUGUGGAGAGGAGUGUGGAGGAACCUCAAGCUCUCCGGAUAAGAAGAGCAAUGCCGAAGCUGUGUGUAUGGAGGAGGAGCCGGCCCACCUUGAGCGUGGAGUCUAUAUUGAGAAUCUGGUCAAAGUGUACAGCCAUGGCAAGAAACUGGCAGUGGAUGACUUAACUCUGGGAUUCUACGAAGGCCAGAUCACAUCGUUUUUGGGCCACAACGGAGCCGGAAAGACCACUACCAUGUCCAUCCUGACAGGCCUGUUCCCUCCGACAUCAGGCACCGCCUACAUCCUGGGUAGAGACAUUCAAACCGAGCUGAGCACCAUCCGUCAGAACCUUGGUGUCUGCCCACAGCACAACGUCUUAUUCAGCAUGCUGACUGUAGAGGAGCACAUCUGGUUCUAUGCUAGUCUGAAGGGGCUUUCUGAGGAGAAGGUCAAGUCAGAAAUGGAGCAGAUCAUCACUGACGUCGGCCUGCCGCACAAACGGAAGUCCCGCACCAGCCAACUCUCUGGAGGGAUGCAGAGGAAGCUAUCUGUGGCACUGGCCUUUGUAGGAGGAUCUAAAGUGGUGAUUUUGGAUGAACCCACUGCUGGAGUUGACCCUUAUGCCCGCAGAGGCAUCUGGGACCUUCUGCUCAAGUACCGUCAAGGCCGCACCAUCAUCCUGUCCACCCAUCACAUGGACGAGGCCGACAUCUUGGGCGACCGCAUUGCCAUCAUCUCCCACGGCAAGCUGUGCUGCGUGGGCUCCUCCCUCUUCCUGAAGACCCAGCUGGGCACGGGCUACUACCUAACCCUGGUCAAGAGGGACUUUGAGCCCCUACUCAGCUCCUGCAGGAACUCCAGCAGCACUGUCUCCUACACCAAGAAGGAGGAUAGUGUCUCAGAAAGCAGCUCUGAUGCUGGUUUAGGCAGUGACCAUGAAAGUGAAACUACAACCAUCGAUGUCUCUCUGAUCUCAAACGUGAUCUUCAAGCAUGUCCCAUCUGCUCGGCUGGUGGAGGAUCUGGGCCACGAGCUCACGUAUGUCCUGCCCUACGAGUCCGCUAAGGCAGGGGCCUUUGUGGAGCUUUUCCAUGAGAUUGAUGACCGCCUGACUGACCUGGGCAUUUCCAGCUACGGCAUCUCUGACACCACCCUGGAGGAGAUUUUCCUGAAAGUGGCCGAGGACAGUGGAGUUGAUGCUGACCUUUCAGAUGGUACCAUUCCAACACGCAGAAACCGCAGGCAUGCCUUUGGGGACCACCAGAGCUGCCUAAGGCCUUUCACCGAAGAUGAAUUUGACUUCAAUGACUCAGAAGGUGAUCCAGAAUCGCGUGAGACAGACUGGCUGGGUGGCGCAGACGGUAAAGGCUCAUACCAGGUCAAGGGUUGGAGCCUGAAGAGGCAACAGUUUGUGGCCUUGCUUUGGAAAAGGUUCCUGUAUGCUCAGCGCUCCAGAAAAGGAUUCUUUGCUCAGAUUGUGUUGCCUGCUGUGUUUGUCUGCAUCGCCCUGGUCUUCAGCCUCAUUGUCCCACCGUUUGGAAAGUACCCCAGCCUGCAGCUAGAACCAAGCAUGUAUGAGGAACAGUUCAGCUUUGUGAGCAAUGACGCCCCUGAAGACACACACACCAACGAGCUCCUGGGUGCCCUGACCGACCGCUUUGGACUUGGACUGCAUUGCCCUGAAGGAGACCCUUCGUGUGAGACGCCUGAUAAGGAUUGGCUUGUCCCCGAGAUUCCCGUCUCUGUGAGCGACUUGUUCUUGAAUGGGAACUGGUCCAUGGAAAACCCGUCGCCCUUGUGCGAGUGCAGCUGUGAGGGCCGCAAGAAGAUGCUUCCGGAAUGUCCCCCUGGAGCGGGUGGUCUCCCACCCCCACAGAUUAAAGUCAGCGACGUAGACACUCUGCAGAAUCUGAGUGGAAGAAACAUCUCAGACUACCUCGUGAAAACCUACGCUCAGAUCAUUGGAAAAAGCCUGAAGAAUAAACUCUGGGUGAAUGAAUUCAGGUAUGGAGGAUUCUCUCUGGGUGCCAGGAGUUCUCAGGCCAUGCCUCCUCCAGAUGAGAUCCAUGAUGCCAUCACUCACCUCAAGAGACGCUUCAGCCUGGGAAGGGGAACUGCGUCUGACCGCUUCCUUGGUAGCCUCUCUAACUUCAUCCAAGGUCUGGACACCAAGAACAAUGUUAAGAUUUGGUUUAACAACAAAGGCUGGCACAGCAUUGGGUCGUUUUUGAAUGUGAUGAACAAUGCCAUUCUGCAGUCCAGUCUGAAAGGAGAGGACCGUGCCAAAUAUGGCAUCAAUGCCUUCAACCAUCCACUCAACCUCACUAAGGAGCAGCUCUCACAGGUGGCACUGAUGACCACUUCAGUGGACGUGCUGGUGUCCAUCUGUGUGAUCUUCGCCAUGUCCUUUGUCCCGGCCAGCUUUGUGGUCUUCCUCAUUCAAGAGCGUGUCAGCAAGGCCAAACACAUGCAGUUCAUCAGUGGUGUGCAGCCAUUCCUCUACUGGCUGGCCAACUACGUCUGGGAUAUGUGCAACUACAUCGUCCCUGCAACCCUCGUCAUCAUCAUCUUCGUGUGCUUCCAACAAGAGGCGUAUGUGUCCUCCACCAACCUGCCUGUGCUGGCUCUGCUGCUACUCCUCUAUGGGUGGUCCAUCACACCCUUGAUGUACCCAGCCUCGUUCUUCUUCAAGAUCCCCAGCACAGCCUAUGUAGUCCUCACUAGUGUCAACAUCCUUAUUGGGAUCAAUGGGAGCGUCUCCACCUUUGUGCUGGAGCUGUUUGGCAGCAAUGAGAUUGGUGGCAUCAACGACAUCCUGAAGAACGUGUUCCUCAUCUUCCCUCACUUCUGUCUUGGUCGUGGCCUCAUCGACAUGGUGAAGAACCAAGCCAUGGCAGACGCCCUGGAAAGAUUUGGAGAGAACCGGUUCCGCUCGCCGCUGGCCUGGGACAUGGUGGGCAAGAACCUGUUCGCCAUGGCUGUGGAGGGGGUGGUCUUCUUCACCAUCACCGUGCUCAUCCAGUACCGCUUCUGCAUCAAGGCCAGGCCCAUCAAAACUCACCUGAAGCCCAUUGGGGACGAGGACGAGGACGUGGCCAGAGAGAGGCAGAGGAUCCUGACCGGAGCAGGCCAGCCCGACAUCCUGGAGCUCAAGCAGCUCACCAAGGUUUACAAGAGCAAGCAGAAGCCAGCAGUUGACCGCCUGUGUGUGGGCAUCCCUCCAGGAGAGUGCUUUGGCCUACUGGGUGUGAAUGGAGCUGGGAAGACGAGCACCUUCAAGAUGCUGACCGGGGACUCAGUGGUCACCAGUGGGGAAGCCUAUCUUGCUGGGAAAAGUGUGCUCACGGAGAUCGAUGAGGUUCAUCAGAACAUGGGUUACUGCCCUCAGUUCGAUGCCAUUAAUGACCUGCUGACUGGCAGAGAACACCUGGAAUUCUAUGCCAUUCUGCGAGGAGUACCUGAGAAGGAAGUGUGUGAGGUGGCAGACUGGGGGAUCCGUAAACUGGGUCUGGUGAAGUACAUGGACAAAGCAGCAGGAAGCUACAGUGGAGGAAACAUGCGCAAACUCUCCACCGCCAUGGCUCUGAUCGGAGGUCCGCCCGUCGUCUUCCUGGACGAACCCACGACUGGUAUGGACCCCAAGGCCCGGCGGGCUCUUUGGAACUGCAUCCUCAGCAUCAUUAAAGAGGGACGCUCCGUGGUGCUCACCUCCCACAGUAUGGAGGAGUGUGAAGCCCUGUGUACACGCAUGGCCAUUAUGGUCAACGGAAGAUUCCGGUGCUUGGGAAGCGUGCAGCACUUAAAAAACAGGUUUGGAGAUGGGUACACCAUCAUCCUGAGGGUGGCGGGUCCUACCCCUGACCUGAGUGCGGUGAUGGAGUUCAUCGAGCGCGAGCUGCCGGGCAGCACCCUGAAGGAGAGGCACCGGAACAUGCUGCAGUACCAGCUGUCCUCCGCGCGCACCUCCCUCGCACGCAUCUUCAGUCUGCUCUCCAACCACAAGGAGGCGCUGCGCAUCGAGGACUACUCCGUCUCGCAGACAACACUAGACCAAGUAUUUGUGAACUUUGCCAAGGACCAAAGUGACGAGGACCACUCAAAAGACAUUUCCAAGAAGGAUGCCGUGGUGGACCUCUCCCAGCUCAGCGCCUUCCUGGAGGACGACAAAGCCAAGGAGAGCUUUGUGUGACGGACCCACCACUCUCCCUUCUGCCAGGCACUCUAGUGUCACGUUUUUUCUAAAAACUUUUGCUUUUCCGUUUUUUUUGUCGUUUUUUUUCCCCAUUGAUUUUCAGUCACGUGUGCAGACUGAACUAAACUGAACUUGAAGCACCGUGCUGAAACACAACUCAAUGCAAAUCAAUGCAAGCGAAGAGAAUGAAGAGAUGCCCACUAGUGUUGUGGAGCGAGGACGAGCCUGGUGCCCCUCGCCGGGCUGGCACCACAGGGAUCAGACGGGAAGUCACGUGGGCCAGCACUUCGCCAGUAAGGUCCUGAUCAUGGAGGAGGGCUUUGGCUCAAAUGAUCAUUGGUUUUGGUGACGUGUAUACUAGUUUCAAUCAGCCACUGCCAACAACCAACUAUGUGAUUCAGGGUUAAGUCUCAUCUUUGUACCAAGUUACUGACUUUGACUUUCAAAAUAUAUAUAUAUAUAUAUAUACAGUAACAAUCCCAGCAGCAGACUAUUGAUAAUAUUUUACAAUCUUUUUUAAAGUAAAAAAUUGUAACAUGAAUGUCUCAAUAUUGUUGUCAGUUGAUGUCACGUGCAGUACCAGAAAAAGUAGAGUGAGGAUCUAACACUCCGAUGAGCGAGGGCAUUGGAAGAGCAAACUUUUACUGGAUUUUGACGUAGAGAAAAGACAAGACAAUGCACCCUUUCAUGACUGAACUAGCCAAUCUGUUGCUGGACAUAUGGUGCUCAUUUAGAUAGUAGGCUAUUUAAAGCACACAUUUUUUCCACAAUCAUUUUAAGUGAUGUUUCUGUCAGUUGCGACAGAUACAUGAGAAGGUAGGUCUGCUCGUGCUUGAUUGGCUAGAUGGAGUUUUUUUUAAAACUAUAUUGCAUGCUUUCUGUUGGCCACAUAUUUGCCCAUAUAUGUGCAACAAAGCAUGUGCAUUGUUCUGUUUUAAGGAGAGGAAAGAUGUCAUAGCAAUCGCAAUAUUUUUUUCUCGAGUCUCAAAUGCCUGUAAUCUUUGAUGCUCUUCUGACUUUGUCAGAAUUUCUUGAUUUGAUUCUCAUCUUAGAAGAAUUAAAAAAAAAGAAACAAAUGGAUACAAGACAGGAGAUGUAAGGCUGUGUCAGUGUUGUAAAUCUAACAGUAACAGUUUAGUGCCAAAAUCAUUAAACAUGGUGAGCCAGGAGACUUCUGUUGGCAUCCUCUCAAGGUGAUCAAACAAUGGUUUUGGUGUGACAUCUCCUAUACUAUUGUAAUUGGUGUGAACUUGUGCUUUUCUAUCGUGCAGUACUGUAAGACAUGUUCCAGGUGGAGCAGACGGCGAUGGUUUUUGUUUGAUGUGAGUUUUUGCUCAUGCUCUGUGACUGCUUUUCCAACUGAACCAUGUUACUAGUCACGCCUACUGAUUUCCCUUUGGCACCACAGACCACAGUGAAUGUGCCCCAAAGUGACCAAAAACUCAAGUCAAGUGCCACCAACUGUUGGGUUCCACAGAUCCACUGAAAUGUGUCCAAAUUCAUGCGCUACAGCAGAUUAAUUACGACAUCAAAUCAUUUGUUCACCAGUCACUGUGUGGGGAGAUACAAAGAGAGAGAUCAAGAGAGAGUGAGUGUCAUUGGUCCAAUUUUUUAAGCACUUUAAUGUCAGUCUUUGUUGCCAUGGUUUUGCUCUCAAACAGGAUUCUUUUGUCCUAGGGUUUUUAUGAAAAUCAAGUGAUCCACUUUGGUCAAUAUUUCUUGUGUAUUAUAUGUUUACAUUUUAAGUAUUAAACAUUUUAUGUAUAUCAUUUGUCUUUUCUGUAUGUAUUCACAAAAAUAAAAGGUUGAAUUUUCA